CGAGCGCGCGGGAGUCGUCGUGCUCUCUGAUCGGGAUUCGCAAACGUGUCGUUGCUGCGUCACUACCGUCAUCGUCGUCGUCGUCGUCGUCGUCGUCGUCAUCAUUGUCGCCGUCGUUGUCCUUGUCGGCGUCGUCACUGUGUGUCGUGGUGUCGUGCUCUCGUGCUCUCGUUCUCGAGGAAGUCGGCCCGUUUUUCCGCGUUCACAACGGCGUGCCGCUCCCAUUCGUUCGAAACUGCCGACGAGACGUGUUCGCGGCGCGUGCGCUUGUGUAUGUGUGUGGUGGAGAAGUUUCGGAAAAGUUCCAAACGUGAGGAAUCUUGAAAAAGUCAAAGCGGCAAAAGUGCACGGAUGUACGAGUGUCGGUCGACGACACCGUUGUUUCGAAACCGCACUUGUACGGGCCGGUUACAGCAUCGUCCUUCACCGUGAGAUACGAUCGACGAUCUUCUUCACCGCACCAAGGCGACAAACGUUCAAGUGUGAUGAUUCAAUACGACGCUGAGAAAUCUCGACAGAUCGAAAUCAUUUACGACGAAUCCUCGAGUCAAACUCUGAAGCAACAACUCUGACUCUUUCAAGUAGACGCGAGAUUUCGAUGGCGAAAUAAAUAUAUCCCUUGGACCAAAUAUUUCUCUAGAUGGAGCUUUCGGUUUGCUCUGUGAAAUCCGGAGAAACCGAGGAAAUGUCACCUUAGUGAACUCGUCAUCGAGAUUACCAUAAUAGACAAUUAAACGAACAGAAGAUAACGUUGUAUAACUUUAGUCCGGUGAGAUCGGGAGAGAAGAGCGUGUCCAGGUGCUCUCGCGAAGAUGGACGCCCUUGAGCUGCAGGCUGCCUUGGUGAAGCUUGACCCGGCCACCACGGUGACGCCCAUCGGCACUACCAUGAAGCUAGUGCCGCAUCAUCGCGUCGCCUUUACCGUCAACAUCGACGACGAGGGUGACAUGACCCUGGAAGAUUCGGCGCGGAAGGACGACGUCGAAAAGUCACCGGUCGAGACGGCGACGUCGGUGUCGCGAAAGACGCCGGGCAACUGUAUGGGCGGUUUGACGGCGAGUCAUCAUCAUCAGGGCAGCGGCCAGCAGAUGGGUGUCUCCAAGUGUGGCAUCGUCGAGGUCAGGUGACGCCAACCGCCCUGCUACGGCAUCAACAUGAUUUACCACACUUAUCCGCCGCAUCGUGGCAGCAAGCACCACGCCAAGCACCACGCCAAGGAGAAGAGGCACCAUCAUCAUCACACUAUG